AGAAAUUAGAAAUUCCCUCCAAGUUUGUCAUAUAGGGUUUGUCCGGGGUUUUGCUAUUCGCAUUCAGCAUCACAGCAUGGCAUCGUCAUCCUCAAGCAACAGCGCAAACUACGACGUACCGUGGGUUGAGAAGUACCGACCCAGCAAGGUCGUCGACAUCGUCGGCAAUGAAGACGCCGUCUCCCGGCUCCAAGUCAUCGCUCGUGACGGCAACAUGCCCAACCUCAUUUUAUCAGGUCCUCCUGGAACUGGAAAAACCACUAGCAUCCUCGCACUUGCGCACGAGCUUCUCGGUCCCAAUUACAGAGAAGUUGUUCUUGAACUAAAUGCUUCAGAUGAUAGAGGAAUAGAUGUUGUGAGGAACAAGAUCAAGAUGUUUGCUCAAAAGAAAGUAACACUUCCUCCAGGCCGACACAAAGUUGUUAUACUCGAUGAAGCUGACAGUAUGACAUCUGGAGCACAACAAGCUUUAAGAAGGACGAUGGAGAUAUAUUCUAAUUCUACUCGUUUCACGCUUGCUUGCAAUACAUCGUCUAAGAUUAUUGAGCCGAUUCAGAGUAGGUGUGCAAUUGUGAGAUUUUCGCGACUAUCUGAUCAAGAGAUACUUGGUCGUCUCAUGGUUGUGGUUCAAGCUGAGAAGGUACCUCAACUUUUUAUUUGUGUUGAAUUACGGAAUAUUCUUGUUUGUUUGAGGAAUAUAUGCAUAUGAAUCGCCAAUGUUAUACCAGUCUAAAGUUUUUCCAUGGCCUGAAUUCUGACGAUUUUAUGGCUUAUGAGGGAUUUAGGAUGUCUGACCUCCUGUACUAUACUUUAAAGGUUUGUUUACUUGCAAAGAUUUAUCUGGCUAGCUAUAACAGUUUACCUACUGUAAAGAGGCAUUUCAGAAUUGCCUUUUUAAAGUAAAUACAAAAGUUCAAAAUGUUUAGUAGUAUUUGACCAGCUUCUUUUUCAUCCUUUUGAGCUAGAUUAUGUGAUGUCUAGUUUAUUAUCUAUUUUUGCACGUGUAAAUAGUAACUAAAUUUUGUAAGGUGCAUAUGUUAGAACCCCAAAUGAGAAUUCUGGGCCAAAUGGACCGUUACACAACAACCCUAAACCUAAUAUGCAGUGGGUUGAAGCUUGAAGAAUAGGAAAGGGGAGAGUGGGAUUGUCCGUGUGGCAGACAGUGUUGUUGAUGGCGGUCCAUGACGGAGAGGCAAAAUCCUGCCAUACCGGUCACUUUGCGGUGCCGUUAUUGCGGAAAAACCUGCAAUAGCAGCCGAUAUUUACCAUUUUGGCGAGCCCAAAAACCGCCACGUAAAUCCGCCAUAGCGGCCAUGGUGGGGAAAUUUGAUAACACUGGUGGCAGAGAGAGAAAGAGAGAGGCUAAUGAUGUAGUGGAAUUCUGUUAUAGGUGUGCUGAGUAGAGAGAGAGAGGCAUGAAGAAAAUUACUCAGCUGUUAAGGCAAGAGAGCAUUGGUUUUCUGAAGGAGCAUAGCUCUGUGGACAAUAGGAUCAUUCUAUUGAUUUUCCUCUGAUUUAUAGAAAUGAUACACACUUGUUUUCCAUUACUACUAUAUUUUCUUCCAUUUACUGUUUCUGUAAUCCGGGUUCACAUCAAACUGGUAUGACCUGCCGGAUUCUUGAGGGGAUCAUCACUUUACAGGAUCAAAUACUAACACCAAAGUGGAAGCAGUAUUAGAUGCUCUAGAAAAGCAAAUGAUUGGCAUCAGAAUAGCUUAGAGAGAGAUGCAGAUGAAGCAAAAUGAAAAUAAUGAGAACUUGGUCGCUGUGAUUAAGGGUGUGUUUGUUUAAUGGAAUAAAAUUAUAAUCCUGGGAAUAUGAUUUCUAGGAAUGUUAUUUCCAGGAACUUUAUUCCUCUCAAUGUGUUUGACUAAUGAAUAAAGUUG